UUUUUUUUUGAUUAAAGAAAAAUCAAAUUUUUAUUUUAAUAAAAUAUUUGAUUUAAAUUUAAAAUAAUUUGUUAAAAUUUUAUAUUUUUUUAUUUUAUAUAACAACAAAAUUUAAAGCAAUUUUGAAGAGGGAAAAAACAAGAAACAUAAAUAUCACAAUGACCAGUACAAAUAUAAAUAAGAUAGUGCAAUCUAAUAUUAAUAUAAAGCCCUGGAUGCUGUCCAAGAACACCAAUCAAAUUGUCAGCACUUGCAUACAAAAGAUCUACAAACAAAUGCCGGCUAGUUUUAAUAAAGGCACAAAACUAAACAAAGUGGCUACACCCAGAGUGGAGAAUAAAGGGCCUUUGCGCGCCUUUAAAAGCCAAGAACGUCCUACACCAUUAACCACCAUAAAACCCAUAGCUGACUCUAUGAAAAAAUCCAACACUAAACUGAAACCGCAAGUUAAUAAUCUCAUAAACUCCUUAAAAGUCAGCAAUAAAAACAAUCAACAAAUGGCCAGCAAAUUUGCAGGAGCAAAUUUAAUGCCCAACAAACGACUUUUGAAAACACCCAACUACAAAAUCUACAAAUCAAGGCGUUUUGGUUCAAGUGCCAGUAGUUCACGUUCCAGCCUAUUUCGGCGUUAUGAUGAAAGAAGACGACAACGGCAAAAUUAUCCAGCACAAAUCAAUUACCUAAUACGAUCUUUCCAUACCAGUCAAUUUGAGCCCACAUACGCACGCUAUUUAAUGCCCGUACGUAAUCAGCAGGUGGAAGCUAAUUUAGGUUCUAUUCCAGAUGCUAUUAAAUUCAGUACGACCAUACAAAAUGAUUUAAUGGCAAUUGAUACUGUGACCAGAAAUAAAGUAGCCUUUGUGGGACAACAUAAAAGUAAUUUGAAGCUAGCGGAACGUAAUCGUUUCGAUGUCUGGAAUCAUCCUCCUUCUCUAAGCAAGUUUAGAAUUAAUACGCCCAAAGAAUCGGCAAUUAAAACUGUAAGUUUGAAUGCAGAGCGUAGUAUGAGAAGAGCUAGACUUAUGCCCGAGCAUAGAGACUAUGCACGCAUCAAUGUCUUACCCACGGCUCAAUUGAAACAACACAAACCGCCAAAUGAACUGUUCACGGCUCAACAUGAUCGCCACAAAACUGAAUUGCAUGAGAAGCAUCGACGUAAUCGUAUGAAGAAACUGGGUUUGAUUGAAUCGCCCACAGCUCCAGAAUCGGAAACGGAGGAAUGUGGGGAAAGUAUCAAAGCAGCUCUAAAGUCAAAUCAAAAAGCUAAUGAAUUGAGUGAAAGUAUUUUACCAACCAAAAGAGAAAUGAAGUAUAUGUCUAAACUUUCCCCAACUCUAAGUAAUCAAACUGAAACUAAACCUCUACCAAAAGUAACAACUAACCUGAGUCUCAACACCACUCAAAGUGAGGAAAGCAGAACAAAUAGCUUUCAUUCUGCUAAAAAGGAAAAUAACAAUUCUAUUGUAGCUAAAAAAGCAAAUACCUCUUCUGCUAAUUCCUUACCCAGCAGGGACUUAACUUCUCUAACUUCUGCUGCCUUACCCCAGGCUUACUCUAUAACAUCACCUAUUGCAGCUGCAAGAGCUCAAAUUCAGAAUAGAAAUAGUUAUGGAUCAUAUCGCUACAAUCGUGCGGAUUUCUUUAGUACGAAAAAAUAUUGAAGCUCUUUGUUGAGAUGUGUGAUUUUUCCAAGCUUUUUUUAAAAUUCUUUAAAUGUUCUUGAAUGAUUUAGGCGUAAAUGUUUAUAUUUGAUAAAUUUGUAAAAACUUGGCGGUGUUAUUAUCAAUAAAUAUUUAAAUAG